UCACGGAGUCGGACAGGAUCGGACGAACAGAGACGGAGAGACCCGAACCUGAACCCGGACCCGUGCCCGGAGCCGAACCCGCCACCCAGUCUCCGUCAGAUCAGACAGGAAGCCCCCCACCUCUCAGCCCCCGGACCCGGACCCGGAGGACUGGCAGAAGUGGCGUUGGGAGUUGCUCAGUAGUUUUCCCUCCUCCAGGAGGGUGUCGGUUCGGUCAUGGAGCGGACCGGAACUUUACUGGUGUCCGCGUCUUUUCUGCUGGUUUCACUGGGACUGACAGGGACGCGCGCAGACAGCUUCAAAGCCUGUCUGUCCGGUCAGGCCGCCGACUGUCCUCUGGUCCAGUCCAAAGACGACGACUUCGACUGGGAGCAGGGAGAUGCCACAGACCGACCCUCCAGCGCCCCCUGGAUCCCUGCAGGCUCUUCCUCCUUCCUGUUUGUGAACACGUCAGGUCGUUAUGUUGGUCAACGCGCUCAGCUGCUGCUGCCGCCACUCAAAGAGAAUGACACACACUGUGUCAGCUUCCUAUUCUACCAGGCAGGAGGCCGCCAAGGCUCUGCCCCCGCCACGCUCAACGUCUAUAUCAAAGAAAACAACGGUCCUCUGGGCAUCCCUAUAUUUAACUCAUCUGGCCCCGCCUACCACAUCUGGAAGGGGGUGGAGCUAGCAGUGUCGACGUUCUGGCCCAAUUACUAUCAGGUGGUGUUCGAGGCGGUCAGUACUGGACAGAGGGGAGUCCUGGCCAUCAAGGACAUCAUGCUGCAGGGACACCAGUGCAUGAGUACGCCACACUUCCUGCAUAUUAAAGGCGUGGAGGUGAACGCGGGACAGACAGCGACAUUCCAGUGCACAGUUAACGGACACCCCCAGAGCAACCUGCUGCUGUACCUGCAGGGGAUGGGUGGUCGCCAGGCUGUCGUCAGAGAUACGAAGCAGGUGAACUCUCGCCGUUACGUGGCGAGUUUUGAUGUGGAAAACACCACCAAGGGGGACACUGGGCGAUACCGCUGCAUCGCCCAAUCAGAGCGAGGUGUCGGAGUGUCCUCCUAUGCUGACCUGACUGUCAAACAACCUCCCGUACCCAUCGCUCCGCCACAGCUGACGGCAGUUGGCGCCACCUACCUGUGGAUCCAACUCAAUGCUAACUCCAUCAACGGUGACGGACCAAUCAUAGAGCGAGAGGUGGAAUAUCGUACAAUGGCUGGCAUGUUGAUUGACACCACCCCUGUGGAUAAACCCACCCAUAAGAUUGGACACCUGGACCCCGACACUGAGUAUGAGAUCAGUGUUCUGCUGACCCGCCCCCUAGAGGGAGGAACAGGAAGUCCGGGGCCACCCCUCCGAGCUCGGACUAAAUGUGCAGAUCCGAUGCACGGCCCACGGCGUCUGGAGGUCGUCGACAUUCAGUCCAAACAGGUGACAAUCCAAUGGGAACCGUUCGGAUACAACGUAACCCGAUGCCACAGCUACAACCUGACAGUGCAGUACCGUUACAGACCUGCAGGGGCCGCCACCAGGGAUUUGGUGAAGGAGGAGGUUAGGGAGGAGGUGGUGUAUGACACGCUGAGCUCGGUGCCGCAGCACAACGUCCGUAACCUUCCGCCGUUCACCAACGUCAGUCUGCGCCUGGUCCUGAGUAACCCCGAGGGACGCAAAGAGAGCGAGGAGCUGCUGGCGCUGACGGACGAGGACGUUCCCGGUGCGGUUCCCGUCGACUCCAUCGUCGGCAGCAGCUACGAACAGCAGAUCAGCCUGAGCUGGAGGGAACCUGUGCACACCUACGGACUCAUCCGCCAGUACGAGAUCUCCUACAAAGCUCUGAGCUCCUUCGACACAGAGUUCGAUCUGUCCAAUCAGAGUGGCAAGGUCUUCAAACCGGCCAAUGAGACGAGUCACGUGUUCAGCGGCCUCUACCCAGGCUCCACCUACUCCUUCACAAUUAGAGCCUCCACAGUCAAAGGGUUCGGACCCCCGGUCAUCACCCAGUUCACCACCAAGAUCUCAGCUCCUCUGAUGCCGGCCUAUGACCAGGAGUCUCCUCUGAACCAGACCGACUCCUCCGUCACCAUCCUCCUCAGACCGGCCCAGAGUCGUGGAGCUCCCGUCAGUAAGUACCAGGUGGUGGUGGAGGAGGAGCGCCCCCGCAGGCAGAGGAGAGGCACUGCAGAGAUUCUGCGUUGUUACCCGGUUCCCAUUCACUUCCAGAACGCCACCCUGCUCAACUCCCAGUACUACUUCAGCGCUGAACUACCGAUGAACGACCUCCGCCAGCCACUGGCCUUCUGCGUUGGUGAUAACAGGACCUACAGCGGUUACUGGAACGCUCCUCUUCUGCCUCAUAAGAGCUAUGGCAUCUACUACCAGGCUGUCAGUACAGCAAACGGGGAGACGAAGAUCGACUGUGUGAGAGUGGCCACUAAAGCUGCUAUAAUCAUCACCCAGCUGACCACGCCCUACAUCCGCAUCGCCCCGGCAGCAGGCGACAAGCAGCUGACAGGUGCAGCGACCAGGAAACCUGAACCAGAACAGGAGAAACAGUCCGAUCACACCGUGAAAAUUGCCGGAGCCAUCGCCGGGAUCCUCCUCUUCAUCAUUAUCUUCCUCGGAGUCAUCCUGCUGAUGAAGAAGCGACGAAGACAUUAUCAUUCCUACACUUACUACCUGAAGUUGGCAAAGAAGAGGAAGGAAACGCUGAGCUCCAGACAGGAAAUGACUCUGAUGGUCAAUAAUUCGCAGCACACAACCAUGGUGGACACGCACACACUGAACGGACGCACGGUCUCAUCUCCAUCUUCCUUCACCCUGAAGACCAACACCAUCAGCACCUCCGUACCCAACUCCUACUACCCAGACCCCUUCGUGCCAACUGCCAUUCUGGUGCCCAUUAAUGAUGACAGUCACACGAUGACCAGUGAAACCAGUAGCCUGGUCCAGUCCCAUUAUAAGCAGAGAGAGUCGGAGCGGGAAGCGCUGCCCUAUCAGACGGCCCAGCUCCACCCGGCGAUCCGGGUCGCAGACCUCCUGCAGCACAUCACCCAGAUGAAGUGUGCAGAGGGGUAUGGCUUCAAGGAAGAGUACGAGCUUAAUGAGAGUUUUUUCGAGGGACAGUCGGCUCCGUGGGAUUCAGCCAAAAAGGAUGAGAACCGCAUGAAGAAUCGCUACGGCAACAUUAUCGCCUACGACCACUCCCGCGUGCGCCUUCAGCCUCAGGAUGGCGACGGUGGCUCAGACUACAUCAACGCCAACUACGUGGAUGGUUACCACCGACCCAACCAUUACAUCGCCACGCAAGGUCCGAUGCAGGAGACGGUGUACGACUUCUGGAGGAUGGUUUGGCAGGAGAACACCGCCGCCAUUGUCAUGGUAACCAACCUGGUGGAGGUGGGGCGGGUGAAGUGUUGUAAAUACUGGCCGGACGACACCGACAUCUACGGAGACAUGAAGGUGACGCUGAUCGAGACCCAGCUGCUGUCGGAGUAUGUGAUCCGGACGUUCGCCGUGGAGAAGAGGGGCGUGGCCGAGAUCAGAGAGAUCCGUCAGUUUCAUUUCACCGGUUGGCCGGACCACGGCGUGCCACUUCACGCCACCGGGCUGCUGGGAUUCAUCCGUCGCGUCAAGGCCAAAACCCCGCCCACUGCUGGCCCCACGGUCGUGCACUGCAGCGCGGGGGCGGGGCGUACUGGCUGUUUCAUAGUGAUUGACAUCAUGUUGGACAUGGCGGAGAGAGAAGGCGUGGUCGACAUCUACAACUGUGUCCGAGAGCUGAGAGCACGAAGGGUUAACAUGGUCCAGACUGAGGAGCAGUACGUCUUCAUCCACGAUGCCAUCUUGGAGGCGUGUCUCUGCGGCGACACAACAAUUCCAGCCAAUCAGCUGCGGUCAGUUUACUAUGAGAUGAACCGAUUGGAUCCUCAGACCAACUCCAGUCAGAUCAAAGAGGAAUUCAGGACUCUGAACAUGGUCACGCCCACGCUGAGGGUGGAGGACUGCAGCAUCGCGCUGUUGCCUAGAAACCACGAGAAGAACCGGUGUAUGGAUGUUCUGCCUCCGGACCGCUGCCUCCCGUUCCUCAUCACCAUCGAUGGAGAGAGUUCCAACUACAUCAACGCAGCACUGAUGGAUAGCUACAAGCAGCCGUCCGCAUUCAUCGUUACCCAGCAUCCUUUGCCCAACACAGUGAAGGACUUCUGGCGUCUGGUCCUCGACUACCACUGUACGUCCAUCGUCAUGUUAAACGACGUUGACCCGGCACAGCUGUGUCCUCAGUACUGGCCGGAGAAUGGCCUCCAUCGCCUUGGUUCACUGCAGGUGGAGUUCGUCUCUGCAGAUCUGGAGGAGGAUGUCAUCAGCCGCAUCUUCAGGAUCUAUAACACGGCAAGGCCACAGGACGGGUAUCGAAUGGUGCAGCAGUUCCAGUUCCUGGGUUGGCCCAUGUAUCGGGACACGCCGGUCUCCAAGCGCUCCUUCCUCAAACUGGUCCAUCAGGUGGAUAAGUGGCAGGAGGAAUAUGAUGGUGGCGAGGGCCGGACUGUGGUGCACUGCCUGAACGGAGGUGGUCGCAGCGGCGUCUUCUGCAGUAUCAGUAUUGUUUGUGAGAUGUUGCGACAGCAGCGUUGUGUUGACGUGUUUCAUGCUGUUAAAACUCUGAGGAACAACAAACCCAACAUGGUGGAUCUACUGGAACAGUAUAAAUUCUGUUAUGAAGUCGCUCUGGAGUAUCUCAACUCAGCUUAACCUCAACCACACACCCCCAGCCACACCCCCCAGCCACACCUCCUCCUCCUCCUCCUCCUGGUGAUGACGAUGGCUGCACAGGGUGUGACGGGAUGAAGAGGAGGAAGACUGAACAAGGAGAGGUGUUUGCACUGCCUUGUGUCCGACGGCAGCGCAGACACACACUCACGCCCUCUGCUGGUCAGUGUGUGUCCGACAGCGGCGCGGACACACACUCACGCCCUCUGCUGGUCAGUGUGUGUCCGACAGCGGCGCGGACACACACUCACGCCCUCUGCUGGUCAGUGUGUGUCGUCUGUCAUAGUUAAGUUCUGAAGAAUCUGCAGGAACCAAAACGUCCUCCUGGUUUUUAUUUUUCACAUCUGAGUAGGACGUCCGUCCGUCCAGAGGAUCUGUGUUCUGUCGCUUUGAACUGAUAACAUGACCUUUGAACCCAAGACAAUAGUAUUGAUGUUUUGACUGAUUGGCUGAUUGAUCGGCCCGGUGAAUCCCAAAUCUAACAUCUUUCAAGUCCAAUAAAUUCACACAGGAGGAAAAUCAGUGACACGGAGCCUUCAUGAAUAAUAACAAAACAGAAAAAUCAAAAAUCCAACACGAAGAUGUGUGUUUUCUCCAAAUCGAGACCAAAUUCAGUCAAAUGGAUGAAACAACCAAUGAAAAGGGGUUCUGUGAUGGAUGUUCCCCUGUUCUGUUACUUGGAUGGAGUUCUGCCACUGGUUUUUUGGUUCAGGUUCACAUGAGUAGAUGGUGUUGGAUGUUGUUGAAGGGUCUGGAACAGAACGUGAAUCCACCUCUGGACCUGUUUUCAGGAUGAAUCUGAACCAUCUCCUCAGCACUGACAUUAAACAGAAAACCUACUGACUGAUUCAUUUUAGGAUCGGUGAUCAAUACCGAUCUGUUCUGGAUUAAAAGUCAAAGUUUAAGAGAUGUUUUCAAUCCGAUGACUUUGUUUUAUUUGUUUUCAUUACUUUAUGAAAUGAAAAUACAGCUUUAUGGUCAUUUUAAACUUCAUUAGAACAUGUUUUGCUUUUUUAAUGUAUUUAUUGUAAAUGUCCUGCCUGCAGUACCUUCCCAACCCAACGGGGCCACAGUUUGGAAUCCCUUCUCUCUAACUGGUAAUAAUCUGCCAGCCUUUAACGUUAAAAUCAUGAGCACAGUUUAGAUAAAUGAAUGAAAACAGCCACGGAGAGGAAAUAUUAAAAAAAAAAAAAAAAGAUUUAUGGAGAAAACCUUUGAGAUUCUGUCAGAAUUUUGGUUCUUGAUGUUCCUCAUAAUGUGAUCACUUUCAUCUGACAGAACAUCUGAAUUCUUUCAUUUUCUUUAAUCACACAUUUUUGACCUACAUGUGUAAAAUGGUGAGUGUUUGUUCUCCGGUUCUACGCUGGAUCUAAUGUGGACCGAACCCGGGUCAGGACGCGGAUCUGCUGGUUCUGGAUCUGGACCGGUUGAUGCAGAUGUUAAUAAUGUACAUAGAACAGGAGGAAGCAGAAGAAGAAUAUUUAUUCCUUCAGUUGUUCUCAGUGUUAGUGUUGUGGUUUUUGUGAAGCACAGACAAAGACAAUCAUGUUCCAUUGUUGGACUGAACCAAAUGGACACAACGUUCUCCUGAUUAGAACGUCCAGUCCAUAAUUAUCACCUUAAAUGUUAAUGUUCCAGCACAGGUUAAGGCAGAUGAAAACACUGUCGUCUCUGAUCCGAUCAUUUCUGUAUUCUGGUUUAAAUUUGACAUCAAGCUAAAGACAAUGGAAUGAUUGAACAAAAUGAAUCAUCUCAUUAAAGUUGUGGUUUUAAUCUGUUCUUUAUGGAACGUUGUGUACUAAAAUAAACCUUGAACACUAAAGAAAAUGAACACCACCACAAAAAUGUUAAAUAUGGUUAUGGUUGUAUGACCCCACCCUGUUCGUGACGUCUCGGCUCACGGUCGACGUUUUUGCAUCUGGUUGGUCAGUGGUGGGUGGGGCCAUUCUGCUCGCUGACGGAUGGCUCUGGUGCUGAUGAGAACAUUAAUGUAAUAAAAGUCUUUAUUUAUGUUGUAAUUAUCCAAACUUGCAAAUUAAAGUCUAUGUACACUUGA